GCUAUCAUGUCACAUAUGUUUUGUGUUCUAAUGAUGCUUCAUGCUCUUGUAAAAUGUUUGAAUCUGUUGGAAUAUUAUGUCGUCACAUUCUCUUUGUCAUGAAAGGAAAGUUCUUAUUUGAGAUUCCAAGGCAAUAUGUUUUACAUCGUUGGACUAAAGAAGCUAUGAAGAAACCAAUUUUUGGCUUAAACAACUUGCUUGAUGGGGCAGAGAAGGAUAAGAAGCAAAAGCUAGUUGGUGAUUUAUGGUGCAGGUUUUUUUCAUGUGUAAGUCUUUGUGAGGAGAAAGUUGAAUGCCUAGAGUCAUUGUUGUCUAAGCUAAUAUCUUUUGAAAAUGAGAUGAAAGACUUGGAUUCUAUAAGUCCAGUUGAUAAACGUGAGGCAAAAAAUAAACACAUCGAAUUAUUUGUUGGAUCUAAUGACAUAGUUGUUGAUAUUCUUCCUCCAAACAAGUCUUCCAACAAAGGUAGUGGUAGUGGAAAAAGGAAAAAAUCUGACAAAGAGAUAGCUAUUGAGGAAAGCCAAAGGAAAGAUAGACUUUGUAGAACUUGUGGUCAGAGAACAAACCAUGAUAGUCGGAAUUGUCCGCAAAAAAAAUCCAACUUGAAUGAGGAUUUCAAAGAAGAGUAGAAAGGCUGCAAAACCACUUCAUAUUUACAAGAAGCAACAUCGGCUACUGACAGCCUAGUGCUGAAAUAGAGGAGAUGAGAGGAAAGAAAGAACAUAGUGCUAUAGUGCCCUUUUUAUUGAUAUAGUGAUUGUUAUUGUUUCACAUAUAUUAAACAGGGACCUUUUAUUGUUAAAAUUUUAUUGAUAGGGUGACCUUUUAUUGUUAAACUUUUUAUUGACCUUUAUAUUGUUAUUUUGAUGUAGUGACAUAUUGGCAUAUGAUAACUUCAAUUUAUAUUAUAGUAUGUGUUUUUAACGUCAUAGUGACUUUUUUUCAUCGUAUUGACACCUUAUUCCGUGAUAACCUUUUUAGUGAUAUAAUGACCUUUAUUAUGAUAUAACAACCGUAUAAAAAAUACUCACAUUUUAACAAUUCUUCUAAUCCACAUCGAUUAAGCCAAUACAAAGUUAGGGAAGGAGGGGCUCGUUCUUUUAAUUGAUAUACUAAAUGAAUAGCUUAAGAAUAGAUUAAUAUAAAUACGACACUUUUACCUUACAUAGUGACCUUUUAUUUAAAUAGAGACAGAUUAUUAUAGAAAUCUUUUUUAUCACAUAGUAACGCUCUUGCAUCUCAUAGUGAUCCUUUUGCAUCGCAUAGUAAUUGGAAAUUUUUACCUCAUAUAAUGCCAUUUUACUUACAUAAUGACUAUAAAAAGUAAUAUAAUAUCCUUUUUCAAGUUUUUUUUUUCUUUUUUAAGAGAUAAAAAAAAGUUAGACAUUUUUAGGUACAUAUUUAUCAUAGGUCCUUUGAAAACUUGUCACAUAUGUAUACAAAAUAUAAUAAUGAAUAUGGUGAUAAUUUUGCAUUAUAACUUAAUUAUAUAUAACACAUUGAACUAAUAACAUUUUAAAUACAUAGUGACCUUAUAAUAUAGAAACCUUUUAAAUAACAUAGAUACCUUUUUAAAUACAUAGUGACCUUAUCAUAUAGAAACCUUUUUAAAUAACAUAGGUACCAUUUUUUUAUAACA